AUGUCCAGUAAGGGGUCAGAUUUUCCGAUAGUAUUGGUCAAGAACUUGCCAUACAGUACUAGCAGCGAUCUGUUGUUCAAUCUCUUUUCAAAAUAUGGAAAUAUUCACCAGAUACGAGUACCAGAUCAGAGCUCGUCUGAACCAGCUCCAGCAGGAUCGUGCUUUGUGAUUUACAGGAACAUCGAAGCGGCACACCAAGCUUCUAAGAGAAUCAACGGGAUCAAUUUUGAAGGCAGAUACUUAGUGGCAUCGAUUUAUAAUGUGGACAAGGCAAAAUUGAGCCACGAGGACUUCAUAACGAGAAGAGAUGAGCUUGAAAGGUUGAAGGAAGAGUAUGGCUUAAGCUGA